CAACAAUCGUCCGCAUUCCUGAGAUGUAUCCAUGGCAACAGCUUGUAGUGUUGAUCAUCCCAAGAUGGCGGAUGAAGUGCUGCCGUCGGCGCCCCCACUUGAAACAACUGAUGCAAAGAAACGUCGGGCACCUAAAGCUCCAGAGCUUCCCAUUAUUGAGAGGAGAAACUGGCUAAUCCAUCAGCACUAUAUCCGCAAAGACUACGACACGUGUAAGGUGAUCAUUAAAGAGCAACUACAGGAGACUAAUGGAAUGUGUGAAUAUGCCAUAUAUGUUCAAGCAUUAAUCUUGCGUCUUGAGGGCAAGAUUCAACAGUCUCUGGAGCUGUUCCAAAGCUGCGCCAUCCUUAAUCCUACGUGUGCUGACAACCUCAAACAAGUGGCCAGAUCACUAUUUCUCCUGGGAAAGCACAAAGCAGCUAUUGAAUUUUAUCAUGAAGCUGCAAAGCUCAACGAGAAAGACUGGGAGAUUAGCCAUAAUCUGGGGGUUUGCUAUUUCUUCAUCAAAGACUUCAAAAAGGCUGAAGAGCAUCUAAACAUCGGCCUCCAGACAAACAAACAUGACAAGACCUUUGUGAUGCUCGGGAAGGUCCACCUGCUGACUGGAGACACUGACAAGGCCAUCGAGGUGUACAAGAAGGCCGUGGAGUUUUCUCCAGAGAACACUGAACUCCUCACUACUCUAGGCCUGCUGUUUUUACAGCUUGGGAAAUACCAGAAAGCAUUUGAGCACCUGGGAAAUGCUCUCACUUUUGAUCCCAACAACUAUAAGGCCAUCCUGGCUGCAGGCAGUAUGAUGCAGACCCACGGUGACUUUGAUGUGGCCAUGAACAAGUACCGAGUGGCAGCGUGUGCUGUGCCAGAGAGCCCCCCUCUCUGGAACAACAUUGGCAUGUGCUUCUUUGGCAAAAAGAAAUAUGUAGCUGCCAUCAGCUGCCUGAAACGGGCUCACUACUUGUCUCCUUUUGAUUGGAAAGUGUUGUACAACCUGGGUCUGGUUCACCUGACCAUGCAGCAGUACGCGUCUGCCUUCCACUUCCUCAGUGCGGCCAUCAACCUGAACCCACGUAUGGGGGAACUUUACAUGUUGCUGGCAGUGGCUCUGACGAACUUAGAAGACGCUGAAAAUGCCACGAGAGCAUAUGAACAGGCUGUGACUCUGGAUGAAUCUAAUCCUCUGGUUAACCUGAACUUUGCCAUCUUCCUGUAUAAUCAUGGGGACAAGAAGGGAGCCCUGGACCAGUAUCAGGAGAUGGAAAGAAAAGUCAACCUGCUUCGAGACAGUAGCAGUAACUUUGAAUUUGAUCCGGAGCUAAUGGACAUGGCUCAGAAGAUGGCAGCUGCCCUGCAGGUGACAGAGUCUGUGGUGUGGACUAAACCAGGCAAGGAGUCCAAAUCAAAGCCGAGCUCUGCAGCCACCAGAGCCCCUGGUGCUGCCCUGGGGACCAACCAAGCGCUGGGUCAGGCCAUGUCUUCUGCUGCCAGCUAUAACAAGAAUAUCCAGUUACCCACAGGAGGACCUUCUCUGCCGCUGGAGCCAGAACCUGACGUGGCCCCAAGUCCCCCCACGGAUCCUCCAGGUUCCCCAGAACCCGCAGAGGCCGACAGCCCUAAACCCAAGACCUCCAAGAGAAAGUCCAGAGUGGAGGAAUGAGAGGUCCUACGCUACUUCUUUAUUGGGUCCUUCUCCCAUUAUAAAGACAAAACUACGGCAGUUGUGGUUUUCCAGCUCAUCAUAAUUAGAUAACGCACAUUUCAUGCCCUUUACAGUGACGUUCCUUCCACUAGAAGCGUCGCUGUGCACUGUACAGAAUGGUGUAUAGUCAAAGGUACCUUUACAGCCAGAAAUGUGAAUGUCAGGUUUAAUGCAUGUAUCAAACCCAUGAGCACAGUUUAAGAUCUUGUCUAUUUGACAUCACAGCAGCAAGUGUUAACAUUUGGAUGAGCAAUAGCGUUAAACCAAUUAAAUAAAUGUGAAGAAACCUGUGACAAUCACUGAUAAAAGCAUAGAAAGACGUGUUUUAUAGUUGAGGAUAUUUGAGGGAUGAGUGUAAAUAGUGAACCAUGCUUUUGUAUGUGCAUAACUGUUCUGUUCAUAGAGAGUAAAGUAUUUACUAUUAAACAAGAGACUUUUAAUGAAA